AUGGCUACUACGCGACUGCGCGCUCUGAUGGAAGCUUCUCGCUCCACACAACCCUCGCCCCCUCAGUCGCAGCCUCACCAACACGGUCAGUCGCACGGGGGCCCGCAAUCGCAAUCGCAAUCGCCAUCGCAGUCACAGCCUCGACCUCAAUCACAAUCGCAACCGCAACCACCUUCACAAUCCCAGUCGCAACAUCCACAACCACAGUCACAGUCGCAACAACAGUCUCAGACAAGCGCAACCACCAACCCUUCCACCGCCGACGUCCCGAAGAAAUCGGCUUCCGAUGGCCCUGACGUCAAACGUCUCCCAGAACAAGCCGAAGAGGAAGAGAUCCUGGAUGGGGAAGAAUUAGAAGAGGAAGAGGAGGAGGAAGAGUACGAGGAGGAAGAGGAAGAGGACGACGAGGACGAUUUUGAAAACUUCACCACCUCGGAGAUAGUCACCGUCUAUGUCGGUCACAAGCGCAAACGCUUCUUCCUUCACCGCGAACUCAUCUGCCAGCGAUCGCCGUUCAUGGAAAAAUGUCUCAAAAAGGACGCCUUUGACGAGGGCUACAAGAACGAACUCUACCUCCCCGAAGACGACCCGAAAGCCUUUUCGAUCGUCGUCGACUGGAUCUACCGAAACAAACUGCCGGCGCGCACAGAACCGGCCUUUGACCUGUGUGAUUUGUCGGCGUCGUACUGCAUGGCCGACAAGUUUGGCAUGGAAGAGCUGCAAAACAGCAUCAUGGACGUCGUCCGAGCCAGCUUCUCCCGACGCGAGGGCGAAGCAUUCAAACCCCCCAACUUUUCGGCUCUGGUGCUGACACACCAAUUCGGUCCGCCAAAGUCACCUCUCAAGCGCUUCUAUGUCGAACACCUCGUGCAUCAUAUGAUGAAGCAGCCAAAGUGGUAUCACGAGUUGAAGCGCAAUGAACCCAACCGGUCGGAUCUGGAAGAGAUAUACAAGAUCCCAGACCUGGUCUCGUACGUUUUCAAGAAGAUCUGGCAGUUUCAAGGUGAGCCGUGGAAAGAUCCCGCGACCUGGGACAAGUGUUGUUACCAUGUUCAUGCCACGACCGUGUGCCCGGCUAAAGUGGCCGUCGCGUCGAUGGCUCGGACCAAAGAGGGUCUGAGCCAGAGUGUGCGGUUGGGAAGUGGAUUACCGGGCAUCCAUCUCGGUCAGCCACAGAGAUCGUGGCCUCCCACUGCGAUGGGAGUAUGGAAUCCAGGUGUUGGUUGGUAG